UCGAUGCUGUCAGUUCACCGGCCUGCCGACGUGGCGGGGCGGAAGAGGAGCCGCUGGCACCAAACACACGGAUCACCAUGUCCCUGGCUGCUCCCUCCAAUGCAGACCCCAGCAUCCCAUCCACUCAACUCACCCAUCCUGACCCCACUUCCCCACAAGAUGUCCUGCCAGACUCCCUUUCAGACAGUCCUGACCUGCAACAGUCCACUGACGACACGGCCACAGAGGACACGGCCACAAAGGAGACCAUCACCACAACUGAUGCACCUGACGAACUGGAGCCCAUCGCUGAAGGUCACAUGGCUGAAUGUGACCAACCGGUGAAUCUGGAGCCAGAACCAGAAGCUGCAGAAGAAGAUGCAGAGAAGUCAAUCCAGGAGAAAGAUAAAGGCUGGGGAGGCUGGAGCUCCUGGGGAAAGUCUAUUCUGAGCAGUGCCACCUCCACAGUGGGUCACAGUCUGAGCUCAGUUAAGGUGAAAGCGGGGGAGGCUCUGCGACUCCACAGAACCUCAGUGGGAGAGGAAGCACGGGAAGAUGAAGAGGGAGCAGAGAAGAAGGAUGGAGGAGGAGAAAGUGGAGAGACUUCCCCCUCCAGCUCUGUGGAGUCUUCUACAGGCUCCUCAGCUUCGAGCAGGGGCGUCUUUUCCACGAUCACUCAUGCUGUGCAGAACACUGGAAAGUCCGUUAUCAGUGGAGGUCUGGAUGCCUUGGAGUUUAUUGGAAAAAAGACCAUGACUGUUCUUGCUGAGAGUGACCCGGGUUUCAAAAAAACCAAGACCCUGAUGCAAAAAACAGCGUCACUGAGUCAGAUGUUGAAGGAAGCCAAAGAGAAGGAGCGGGCACGUCUGAGCAACCAGCCAAUCAGCGCUCCCACAGCUCACUACGGUAUUCUGUUUGACGACUACCAGGGCUUGUCGCACCUCGAGGCCCUGGAGAUCCUGUCCAAUGAGAGUGAGGCCAAAGUCCAGGCGUUCCUCUCGACUCUGGCUGAAACAGAGCAGGAGGAGGUCAAGAAGGAGCUGAUUUUCAUAAAGGACAUCUUCAUCAGGCGGGAGGAGGAGGAGGGAGAGGAGGAGAGAGAAGGAGAAGGAGAAGGAGAACAGGCGAAGGAUAAUGGUGAUCUAAGUUCCCAAUUACACUGUUCUACCCCCUUAUCUUCUGACGGUGCGGAGUUUGUAAGUGUUCUCACUGAGCUACUGUUUGAGCUUCAUGUUGCUGCCACGCCUGACAAACUCAACAAGGCUCGGAUGAGAGCCCAUGAUUGGGUGUGCGAGGUGGAACAGCCUGUCACUACGGAGACAGUUGGCAGGGAAACGCAGGACCCGCCAGGAGGAGAGGCCUCGUGUGGAGAUGAUGAAGAGAAAGACGGACAGGAGGAGCAGGUGGAGGAGAAGAGCGAGGAGGCAAAACAAGUAGAGGAGGAAAAGAAGGAGAAAGAGAACGACCCCAGAUCUGUUGAGUCUGUCUACAUGUCAUCCAUUGGCAGUCUGGCUGAAGUGACUGCUCGCAGUAUCGAGCAGCUCCACAAGGUGGCAGAGCUCAUUCUCCACGGCCAAGACCAAGAGAAGCCAGCCAGGGACCAGGCACACGUCCUCACCAGGUUAACAUGUGCCAUGUGUAAGGAGGUGGACUGUUUGGCCAGGAAAUUCUCUGAUACACUGCUUCUUGUUGGGAGCCAGAAGAAAGCAGAGGAGUUGAACCCACUGGUAGAUAGUGUGCUGCUAGAGGGCUCCAACAGUACAAACUACAUCCAGAAUGCAUUCCAGCUGCUGCUGCCCGUCCUGCAGAUCUCCCACAUUCAGAGUCAGCACUGCCACACCACAACAGAACCACAAACACAGACACAACACUAACACAUACAUACAUUGUUGUGUUUCCAUUCCAUUAAUUCCAGAGAGAGUUUACCUAAUCUUAAUCAUAACUACAAGGUGCCUAAACCUAAUCUUUGCCUAACUUUACUCCUCAAAUGUAAUGGUUUACGUGAAUUCUAUCCCAAAAGGGGAGUCCCCCCCAAGUAAUUGUAAACGGAUCGCCUUAAUGUAAGAAAUGCACACACACACACACACACACACACACACACACACACACACACACACACACACACACACACACACACCUGCUUGUCUUGAUGUAUCUAUUAUUGUACAGUAAAGUAAGAGAAAGCAAUUAUGUCAAACUAAGUGCUUAUAUCUAUCUAUAGAAAAGUGCCAUAGCUGCAAACAAGAUAUACUCUUUUAUUUAAAUAGAAUAUAUCAAAACAGACUCAUUUUGCUUGACAGUGAUAUUACUGUCUCCAAAAUCUGAACCAAAACUUACUGAUUGUGUUGAAGGGCUGCUUCAUUAAUGUAUCUUAAGUUGUCUUUGCACUCCUUAUGGACUGAAAGAAAGACUUGGCACCAGGAAACACUAGUGAAAUGUAUGUUGUGCUGAAUUCUGCUGUUUUAAUCUUGAUUAGAUGAAAUGCCAGUAUUAGUAAUUAUACAAAAUGAUUUUUUUUUUUUUUUUUUUUUUUUUAAACUAUAUGAAGAAACACUACCUUAUAUUUUGCCUCUGUACAUUUUGAUUUGAGAGAAAAAGCUUUAAAUUUUGUUGCUCUCUGACUGGGCUUAUGUAAAGCGGAGAUGUGGUUCACUAAUAUAUUGUUGCUGCUACACAUAAAAACAUUUGUGGGAUGUGGGACUCUUGUUUGAAGAUCCUGAAGAGGACAGUAUCUGGAAGUGUAGGGAUUUUUCAUCUGGUCUUAAUGAAUACUGACUCUGAACUCAUUUGCUAGGAUCUAGAUUUAAACCCCCCCCCCCCCCCCCCCCCCCCAAGGUUGAUGUCUCAGUUAUUUUCCACAUUCUCAUUUUUCAUGUCUUCUUGGACUUUUUUUGAGCACCUGUGGAUUUCAGACUGUCCUCCGAUGCUCACAGUGCCACUUCAUUUUAACUAUCCCUUAUUAAAUUGGCUCUUAGCCUCUAGGCUUAUAUUUAUAUCUUGGAAAGAUACUCUCUUCCCCUUCUUUACUUCUUCUUCUGCUUCUUCUCCUUUACACUGGCAUAGGCAGGAAAGCUAUUAAGCAAAUAAAAUAUUAGUCAAGCCUGUCAUAAUGUUUUGCCUCCCCUCAGCCAGAUGGGAUGAGGCCGUUCAUCAACCAUGCUUCUGCCUUGGAAUAUAAAAUGAUUUAUAAUGUGGGCUGGAAAUGUUUUGCAGCCAUUUCAUUCAUUUAACUUUGGAUAUGUUAAUAAUGCAUUCAGACCGUCCUCUAGUACAAUGCCCCAAGACUGAGUUAUUAAAAAUAAACAAGCUUAACCAUC